AUGGCCAACUCCACGACCUCCAUCCAAGUUCGCCGUUAUUUCUGUGAGAGAACACGCAUUUUUCGAGUCACCUCUUCGUCCUCAUGCCUGGGACGACUCCCUCGAUGUUAUCUACCCGCUAACCCACAUGGCGCCUCGGACAAACGGAGGCGGUACGGCCGGCGACCCAAUUUAAAAUCCCGUCCAUUUUUGUGCUCGUUCCUAACCCCCCACCAUCUCCCCUGCUCUCCAAUCUCAGGCUCAGUGCUCGAACGGCGUUGUUUUGAAGGACGAAGAUCAGGAAGUGAAACGGUUUUUAUCUGUACAGAAGAAGUAGAAAAAAAAAUGUCCGGUCGUGGAUGCUUUAACUGCGGUGGUUUCGGCCAUCAAGCUGCAAGCUGCCCCAAAGCUGGAACUCCUACCUGCUACAACUGUGGUGCCGAGGGCCAUGUCUCGCGCGAUUGCAGUGCCCCAACGAAGGCUAAGGCUUGCUACAAGUGUGGUCAGGAAGGGCACAUCUCCCGCGACUGCCCCGACAGCGCUACCGGCGGAGGAGGAUUCACCAGCAGCGGAGGUUCCGGUACCGAGUGCUACAAGUGCGGCAAGGUCGGCCAUAUCGCCCGCUCGUGCCCUGAAGCCUCGUCUGGAGGAUACAACUCCUUCAGUGGUGGUGGUGGUGGUGGUUCCCAGAAGUCUUGCUACACUUGCGGUGGUGUAGGCCACUUGUCCCGCGACUGUGUUCAGGGAUCGAAGUGCUACAACUGCUCCGGUGUUGGUCACAUCAGCCGCGACUGCCCUCAACCCCAGAAGCGCGCAUGCUAUACGUGCGGCUCUGAAGGCCACAUCUCUCGCGAUUGCCCCGGACCCGCCGCCGACGGCACUGCCUAA